UGUUGCAUAUGCCCUUGUAGCCAGUAUUUACGAAAAUACUUGAUGUAAUUUUUAUUGUCUGCUAAGGUGGUUUUGUGUUUCAGUUUGUUUGAUCGACCAGUCGUCUCAUUUUAUGCGGGACAGCAAACCUUUUCAUCACCCACAUUUAUCUCCCACAUUUUCAUUGGUUGUAGUUGCAAAUAAAUAAAAAGUACAGGACGUGUGCUGAUCUGCAAAUGCUUCACUGCUUAAAUUUAUAGUUGAUUCCUGCAGAAAAGCAGUUUAUAGCUUCAGCUGUUACUGCGCGAGAAAAGGGAACCUUAAAUGAAUAAAGACAAUAUAUGGUUAUUAAACUUGUUUUAUGCUUAUGAUCAACAAAAAACCUUUAACAGAUGUAGUUUGUGCUUUCACACAUUGUUAAGAAGCCUUCAUCUGGCUUUAGAUAACAGGAACCAUUGGAAGGAUUCUGUAAUUUACUCCCUCUGUGAGUACUAAAGAUUUGGUGCAGUUUAGUGCAUGUUUGUCAAGUGUACAUAAGGAAAAUUUGGAGCUGAAGUCAUUUCACACCCAUAUUUGUUUAUUCUCCAGCUGUUCUUUUCCUCUGCAUCUCCAUUCAAACACCAGUAAACGCAGGCUGUAUUGUAAAGUGUUCGAGCAUGUUUCAGUUCCACAUAGACUAGUCCAGAUUUGCACUUAAGCCUGAGGUCACCUUCAGAAAAAUAGCUGUUUAAGGCCUCUAGUCCAGUUUUAGCUCCAUACACUCACCCUACCUCUUUUUGUCAUGCGGUUGUAUUAUUUCUAGUUGUUUGGGUUAAAUUGCCUUGAAGCCUGAGUGCUGUAUCAGGUUUUCAGCUGUUUGUGUGUUGACUUUAAAAAUGUCACUCUUUCAACCACAAAUUAUUUUUUGAUGGAUUUCUUGGUCGUGUCCAUAUCGGUGGUGCCUGCAGGAGUAUUUUAAGGCACGGCAAACCACACAUACGGGGCAGAUUUUUUUUAAGUAUAUAGCGAAGUUAUGUUUGGCAACGUGGGACAGCCUCCGAAAGAAGGGGAAAAAAAGUGGGGCGGGUAAUGAAAUUUCAUACAAUGACAUCACUUUUCCUCCAACCCAAACACUUAAACGGCGAGGCAGAGGAGGAGAGCGGCCGCUGCUGGGGGAGCAGGACACCGCCGCAAAAAUGAGCCCAAGGUAGAGAUUUUAAAGAAAAGAAGAAAAAAUAGUAUAUUUUUAUCUUUACCGGACAUGGCAACACAGCGGCAGUUUCCAUCCAAAUGAGGUGAGUUUUUAAAAAACGAUAAAAACGCCGUUUCAUGUGCUGAAAUGCUCGGCUGGCCGAUGGGUUCGCAGGAAUACCGACACUGAUCCGUUUGCAUGCGCUUCAUUGUUUUAACAUCACCGGGCAUGUAAAGGUUGCGCCGAUUCACAGCUGAAAAUGUUGAUUUGCUGCUGCGGGCUGCUUCAGCCUUAAACGCUGCGGCGUUUUUCCUGCGUUUUCUUCGUUUGUGGGAGAAACGCAAGGGCGUAACAGCGCGCUUACCCGUGGCGGAGGGGACCCAUUUCGGCGCAGGGUUUGGGUUUGAAGGGCCUGUCCCCAAGAAAAGGGGCCAAUAAAGAAGGAAAAACCUGGAGGCUUCCCCAAGCUCAGAUCUGGUUUGGUUCAGCUGCGUUACGCGGGAGCUGAAAUACAUCCUGUCGCCGUUUGAGCCUCGAAAACCUGAAAAGGGAACAUGGAAAAGGAACUGUCAUCCGAGUCCUCUCCGUGGUUUUGUUGUUGGGAGACAGAGGUGCCUGACGGGAGACUGACUCCUCUUCAAGGAUCAUUACAAGAGCUGACCCCGCAGAUGAAAACAAUGUCUGAUGAGACAGAACAGAGAAUGUGCGACGAGGAUUUCGGUUCGGACGAGGAAGGCGAGGAGGGAGACGUGGAGUCUUACCUGGAGGACAACAGCAGCGAGCUCAUGGACCGGCUGAGAGAGCUGGAGGCAGAGAAUUCAGCUCUCGUGCUGGCCAAUGAGAGUCAGAGAGAAGCUUACGAGAGAUGCUUGGAUGAGGUUGCCAACCAUGUGGUCCAAGCUCUGCUGAAUCAAAAGGAUCUGAGGGAGGAGUGCAUCAAGCUGAAGAUGUUGGUGUUUGACCUGGAGAGACAGAACCGAGCGCUGUGUGAGCUUUUUCAGCAGAAACUACCCAACCACCCCACCGCUCACUACCAGGUUCAGGCGGGACCGCUCCCAGACUACAAUGCACAGCUGCACAAUGACUCGGCCAAACAGGUGGAGCCGGCACAGACUGAAGCACAAGCCAAGGGAAAUGGCUACCGCACACAACAUGCCUCGCCGGGCCCUCGUGGCCCCGCCGCCAACAUGGAGGCCCUGUCUCCCUUCUUCAAGAAGAAAGCACACAUCCUGGAGGUCCUGCGCAAGAUGGAGGAGACGGACCCCCUCAAGUUCCACCCAUCCACGACGAGCUUGUCUUUCUGCGACUACAGCCAGGUGCUCAUGUCCACAGAGGCUGUUUUGGCUUCUGCGGACCCCCUCCCGCUGCAGUGCAAAUCCCACCACACACACUGCCACUGCUCCUGCUCGGACACAGACACACACCAGCAUGUGAAUGGUGACGGAGCAGUGAAGUGUGAGGGAGGGAACACCUGCUGUUUACACUGCAAGAGGAGCCCAGAGAGCCCUCCAAAGCCAUGCAACCAUGUCUGUAGUCCUUCAAAAGCCACCCAGAGCCAUAUAGUUCCUGCAGCUGCUAUGAGUGAAUGUCACAGUAAGACCAGAGCGGGAGAGUCUAAACAGAGCACCAAGAAUGAAGCCAACCAGCAACCAGCGGGCGCCGCCGCCCACUCAUCCAUCGCAGAAGCAGCCAGUCAGAAUCUGGAAGGAGAGCAGGAUAACUCGGAGCUAAACGCUAGUGCCUCUGAAGAGCUCACUGGUUUCUGUGCCACCUCCCACCUGCCUAGUUCUGCACAGGAGGCCCACUGUGACUUGGAUACAAGCGAUGGCGUUCCCAAUGGUUUGGCGCUCUCAUUUGGUGAUGAACCCUCAGCCGUCCCUGAGAAAGACGGCACAGAUCCGGAGGCUUCCUGUGUAAGAGCCAGCGCAUCCGUCAGCCCCAGUCCCUCCUGUCUCAGCGACGUUAAAGCCGCUGCCAUCAACUCCCCAUCCAAACUGCUCAAGUUCUUAAAGAUUCCCUCGAUGGGGGAGAAGUCGCAGGCUCCCACCUCUUCUGUCCGCCUGAGCCCUCAGCUCACUCGCAACUCCAGGAUCCCCUGCCGCACCAAUAACUACGAGGUUUACCACUCGCCUGUUCCCACACGCAGAGCGACCACCACUGAGAGGUGCAGGCAGCCCCCUCCUCCACCCGCCCGGUCCGAGUCGUACCCCGCCACACACUCGGCACCAACUUCCCCUCCACAGCCCGAAGACACCUGCUCCCCACCCGCUAAGGAAAUAAGCUAUAGCAGCCUGUCUGCACCUAAACCCACUGUGGGCUCAAAGAUCGGCGCUCCCUCCUCCUCACCCAAAGUUUCUCAGAGGGUCCCUCAUUAUGAAAAUGUCUGUGACAUGUCCAUCGGCUCUAAAGAGGAGGAACCAACCCAGGGUCAGGAGAAAAGAACCACUCUUCCAUCUCAAACUAAGGCAAACGCUGGUGAGAGGAAGCUUGUUAAAUCGCUACCAGAAAGCGUCCUGAAUCCCGCGCCUCAGCGAAAGCAGUCGUCCUCAUCGACAUCAGAGUCUACAUCAGAUGAUGAAGAGGAUUCAGACAGCCCUGUGUGGGUUAAUCAUCACAGCCUACCCAACUCCUCUGCCCUCAGCAAAGCUCAGAGCAAAACUAACUACUCACAAACCAGAGAGAAGCAGGAUGGGCACACACGGGAGGUGAACAUAGCGAGCUCUGAGGUCACUCAGGGUCCGCCUGCACCUCCAACCAGGAGGAGUGACUCCUCGUCCAUUCCCAAGAGGCCUACGGUUGGGGCGGCGAGAUCUCAGGCCGACUCGAGUCACCACGCUUUCAAAGACAGACUGGCUGCGCUCGGCAAGCUGAGGAGCUCGGAGGAUUUACAAGGCGGCCUCAGGCCCACUGAUGCGGUGAAUGAAGGCACCUACGGAGAAGAAAGAGGCAAGACGGCAGAGAUCCACAAGGAGGAACAGAGACAUUCAAAGUUCACAGACUCUUCGGACGGUAAGCCUAAAGGUAGCAGUGGUGGUUUGAAGUAUCCGGGGUCAUCUCAGCUCUAUGAGCAGCCAGUAAAAUCUUCUGGUCCCGCACUGGUUAAACAAGAACUCUGUGUGACCAAGCCAGAGGGACCGAAGAGUAAAAUGGGCCUGCCGUCACCCAACACAGAUGCUCCCCAGGUACUACGCAACAACAUCAAGUGUCCUGGCUCCCUGAAUCUGGCCUACAACGUUAAAGCCAGCAUCGCUCCUCACAGUAGCAACAGCCCCAACAAAAUCCCUCCAAAGUCACCGUCCAAACCUUGCCAAGGCCCGUCCGUCCACAGAGGAGGCAAGUCCGCAGAGGCCCCGCGUUACUCGUCCAAGUCAGAGGAGAGGACCAAGAUCAGCGGGAAAGGGAAAAAGAAUCCAAUGUACGGAGACAGCCUCCCGCCUCCUCCUCCGAGACCUCCGGCAUCUGAGGUGGAGAAGCCGUCGCUGCCGGUCCCCACCCUGCAAUCCGCCAUCGAGCAGAAGGUGAUGAAGGGCAUCGAGGAGAACGUGCUGAAACUUCAGGAGCAGGACAGAGGAGGGCAGGGCGGAGAGGUCAAGCAGAAGGCCUCCAACGGCAUCGCGAGCUGGUUCGGCCUGAAGAAGAGCAAACUCCCCGCGCUGAGCCGCAAGACCGACGGCACUAAAGCAAAGGAGGAGAAGAAGGAGUGGAAGAUAAACAUUCCCUCGGUCGGCAGGGACUCUGUGAAAAUGGCCUCCAGGUGUAAAGAAGGCGUGGAAGGUCUGAACAUCUCGACUCUGAUGGAGAAGGCCGAGGGGCUGAGGAGAGCCCUGGAGGAGGAGCGGGCCUAUGUGGAGAGAUCAGGCAGGGGUCACUCGUGUGAGGUGGUGAUGGAUCAAGCUCAGGGACAGCUGGCGGUCAUGUACAGGGGAGCGCGCUCUGACAACUUCAUGCAACAGCUGCUAAACAGAGUGGACGGAAAGGAGAUGAUCAGCGUGCCCCAGCGACGGCUGUCGUUCGACUGUAAGACGUCGAAGCCGGUGUUCACCCAGCAGAGCGACAUCAUCAGUCACACCACCAGUCACGACGACAUGGAGAAGGGAUCAGAAAGAAUCGGCAAGAUCACAUCAGAUGAAAACCUCGCAGAUUCAGUUCACUCUCAACACUUUGCAGGCUCUGGUGCUUCCACCUACACCCUGGACAGCGGCAUCGGUACGUUCCCUCUGCCCGACUGCAGUAGCGGUGUAGCUGCACGGGGCCUGUCUAAGACGAAGGGCGGAGCCGAGCACCACUCCGGCGGUGGCUCCCCAGGGAGAGCCGGACGGCGAGCUCGCACCCUGGACAGAGAGCUGACAUCACAGGAGGACUGCUACGCUCCACACAAGCAGCUGAUUCCCACCAUUCAGUACGGGUCCGUGUUGGAGGGAAGAGGCUCAGCCGGCGUCAUCCGCGAAGACAAAGAGGCACAUGGAGGGAACAUGUUUUCGCCUCGCUCCAAGACUUGGACUUUCCCCAACCUGAAGACUCCAGCAGGACCUGCGGAGGUGUACCUGGCAGUGGAGGAGGAAGAGGAGGAGGCGGUAUCCUUUGGAUCACCAUUCAGAGGGAGCACGAAGGCCAGCGGCCCCUCCUCCAGCCGGGUGGUUGAUCCAGGCAGCCUGCCCGUCCCCGCCCAAUCGGGCAUGAGCCGCCGGGGAAAGACGCGCACACCCAGCGUCCCCGAGAUGAGCCGGGAGGCCGGGCUGGAGCUGCUCAGGGAGCGGCCAGAGGAAGCCCUAUCCCCAAGUCGCCCUCAGGUCCUGGAGACUCCAGAGUCUCUGAGCGAUUCUCUGUACGACAGUCUGUCAUCCUGCGGCAGCCAAGGAUGAAGCAGCCAAGGACGGGAGGAGGAGAGGGAGGAGGAGGAGGACGCCGACGGGGAGGACGCGUCUCCUGGUCGAUGGCUGCGCUGAGAUGCUGCUGAGGAAAAGAAGACUGCUCCCCGUCGACAUCCGCGAAGAAAAAACUGGUGACAUCUCAUCAGCUGUUGUAACUGGAAAGAUGGAUUGAUCUCCUCAGGAUUUCCAAUAAACGUGAAGCCAAAAGCCACCCAAAUCGUAUAGGUUGUUCACUUUUUCACGAUCAGACUCGACUGUGGACACUUCUCUUUAAAUCAUGUGUACAGGACAACAAAACGCAUGGCCAAGCUAAUGAGCAGCACAAAAAGUUGUCACUCCCAGUUGUCGUUCGGUGACCUCUCUUUCGUUUCUCUCAUCGUAGAUGGAGCUUCGUCCCGUACGUCAGAAAAAAUUGGCGAGGGGUUCAACAGAUGGCGUACUGUACUGUAUCAAUACAUCCAUUCUAUUCUUGGCAUCAUUUCACCGCAUAAUGUAUUAAAAAAAAUAGAAAAAACCCCACAAAAAACAUGGAGCGCCUUUUAAAAAAAAAAAGAAUGUUCAUGUCUGUGACUCUUAAUUGCGAAACUCAUGCAUCACGAUUUUAAAUGUAUAAACGAUUUUAUUGAUCAUGUUGAUAUUGUUUUGCGGCCAAGGAAGGUUGUCAGAGUAUGUUUGUUUUGAAAUCAUAAUACAUUUAAAGGUAAUAUAUACCAGCAAUAAUAACAUAGAUAAGAGAAAUGGCUACACUAUUCAAUGAAUAUGUAUUUCUAUUAUUUAUUUAUUUUAAAUGUUCAUCAUUUGCAGUCGUCUUUUUUUGUAAUCUUUCUGUGAAAACUGCAGUUUCCUCGCUUAGUAGGUUAUCUUCAUAUUUUGUGUUGCAUCAUCUCUAUUGCCGUUUGUUCCCUAGCAAAAAUAGAGGUCCUAUGUACCUACUGCCGUUUUUCAACUUUCUAAUUAAAAUGUUUUGAUUUA